AUUUUUAUCUCUUCGGGUUAGGGGGCGUUUUACAUAAAGCUUUAUAAUAUAACAUAAUCAUAAAGUCGUUACACAUAAUGUAUCCAUCGACGUAUGGGAGUCCUCUUCAACAACGGAAUCCAUGGGUCCGCGUCUUUUCCUCACCGGCGUACACCCGCCAAGUUUCAACUCCUUGUUUGUUGACGUCUAGAUUUUAGCCACGCCCACAGUGACCGCUAUGUGGUUCGAAUCGUCACAUUUGCUGUUAAAAUCUACACCUCUAUGGUUAAAUUACCCGUCAACCCCCCGCGUUGUCCUCCUUCCCCUCUUCGUGUUGGGGUUUAUAUCAAACGUCUCCGUAGCCUUUAUCAUCUUAGACCGGAGCUGUCUUCUUCCUGAUCCCGACGUGAUUUAAAGAAAAAAAAAGCGUUGACGCCCACCUGCCCGCUCGCUGACGUCGAAAGGGGAAGUCGGGGCGGAGGUGAAGUAAACUUUAGGGUGGCUCCACGCCCUUCAGCAAACGGGGAGAUGGCGUGUGUGCGGAGACAGUCUGAGCUCAGCAGGUCUCAGGAGUUACUCCAACACGCCAGGAGCCAGAAGGUGAUCCAAACGAACGUGAAGCUGCUAGGUUUGGAAGGUGACCCGGACCUCCAGUUCCUCCUGCAAGGCGGAGAUCUCCUCAAGGUCCUGUCACCAUCCUGGAAGAAGACCCGCUUCCUUCAACUGCAGGAAGACUGCAAGACCAUGUACCGCAAAUCCAAGAAACCCUUCAAGUCCCAUCAGACCUUUCCAAUUGACGACAUCUCGUCGGUGAGGAAAGGCCGCCAGUCGGAGGGCCUAAAGAAGUACACAGAGGAGCAGAUCGAGGGCCGCUGCUUCUCCAUCGUCUUCAAGAGCCACCGCAAGAACUUGGACCUCAUCGCCAGUUCGGAGGAGGAGGCCAAGCAGUGGGUCAGGGGUCUGGAGAAGCUCAUGUCCAACGUCAACAACCUCAGCCGCCAGCAAACCAGGGAGCACUGGAUCUUCAACUGCCUGAAAAAAGCGGAUAAGGACAAGGAUGACAAGUUGAAUCUGUCGGAGGUCAAGAGGUUCCUGCGCCUGAUCAACAUUGAGAUGGACGACUCUUACGCUGACAUGCUCUUCCAGAAAUGCGACAAAUCAAAGUCGGGCUACCUGUCUGGGCAGGAGAUCAAAGAGCUGUACGAUUUGUUAAGACAGCGAGUGGAGAUCGAUGUGAUCUACCAAGAGUACGCUAAAACCACGGGCUUCAUGAGCGCUCAGAACCUGCUGGAGUUCCUGAUGAAGGAGCAGAGAGAACGGGUCACUCUGGAUCAUGCAAACCGCAUCAUCGACAAGUACGAGCCAGAUGAGCCAGUCAAGCAGAAGAAACUGCUGUCCAAGGAUGGCUUCCUCAUGUACCUGCAAUGCCCCGAAACCUCGAUCCUCAACCAGGAGCACAAGGAGGUGUACCAGGACAUGCAGCAGCCGCUUAGCCACUACUUCAUCUCCUCCUCACACAACACCUAUCUCUUGGAGGAUCAGCUGAAAGGGCCCAGCAGCACGGAGGCUUAUAUCAGGGCGUUGCUGAAGGGCUGCCGCUGUGUAGAGCUGGACUGCUGGGAUGGCUCGGACGACGAGCCAGUGAUCUACCAUGGUUACACCCUCACCUCUAAAAUCCUCUUCAAAGAUGCCAUCCAAGCCAUCAAGGACUAUGCCUUUAAGACGUCCAGUUAUCCCGUGAUCCUCUCUCUGGAGAAUCACUGCAGCGUGGAGCAGCAGGCCGUCAUGGCCCGCCACCUCAGCACCAUUCUGGGGAGCGCACUCGUCACCGCUCCCCUGGGCGAUGGCAUGCCCACCGAUUUCCCAUCUCCUGAGGAGCUCAAAGGGAAGUUUCUGAUCAAAGGGAAGCGACUGAACAAACUGGAGGCAAGCUUCACCAGCGAGGCUGCAGGAGACGAGACUGACGUGACCGAGGAGGAGGAGUCAGGUGAUGAAACUGAGGAAGAUCAUAAGAAGAAGAGCAAGAAAAAGUUGAAACUGGCCAAAGAGCUGUCGGACAUGGUGAUCUACUGCAAGAGCGUCCACUUCAACGGCUUUGAGGACGCCCAGAAAAACCUCAGCUUCUAUGAGAUGUCGUCCUUUAAGGAGGGAAAGGCCAUGAAGCUGGCAAAGGAGUCGGCAAAUGCCUACAUCCAUCACAACGUGGACAAGCUGAGCCGUGUUUAUCCCGCGGGCUCCAGGACUGACUCCUCCAACUACAACCCCGUGCCUCUGUGGAACGCUGGCUGCCAAAUCGUCGCCUUGAACUUCCAAACUAGCUGCUCAGAGAUGGAUAUAAACCAGGGCAGAUUCCUUGUCAAUGGCAAGAGUGGCUACAUCCUGAAGCCAGCCUUCAUGAGGAACCCCGCCUCAGCGUUUGACCCCAUCACCUCAUCCCCCGGAGACUGGUGUCAGCGCAAGACUCUGCAUGUCAUGGUCAUAUCGGCUCAGCAGCUCCCCAAAGUGAACCAAAAGAAAUCCUCCAUCGUGGACCCACUGGUUAAAGUGGAGAUUUACGGAGUGCCUGAGGAUGGCGCAGUGAAGGAAACCGAAGCUGUUGAUAACAACGGCUUCAACCCCUCGUGGAACGAAAGCUUCCAGUUUGGCGUGUCUGUGCCGGAGCUGGCGCUGGUCCGCUUCGUCAUCGAGGACUACGACUCUUCAUCCAGUAACGAGUUUGUGGCGCAGUACACUCUGCCGUUCACCAGCCUAAAAAUGGGGUACAGACACGUGCCUCUGCUCAACAAGAACGGAGACCUCAUCCCCUCAGCGGGACUCUUUGUGCACAUCAUGGUCCUGAACGCUAAAUGAGAUGCCACCAGCAGCUUUUCUCUACCAGGAACUAUUUUACAUGUUUUAAUUAUUUUAUAGAAGCUUUUUCCCUACUUUUAGCUUGCUUUUUAAGUUAUUGGCUAGAUUCUAAUAGUCGUUUUAGUCUGAUUCUUAACGCGUAGCAUUUUAGUCAUCAUAGAUGGGGGUUCUUCUCAAUGAUCAGUUUAAAACGCUAACAUUUUUUAGCUUUUCUCAAUAUUUGGUCAAAAAGUUUAAAUCUUUUAGUUAAAUGAUCUUUUUUAUGACUAAUUUAUUAAUUUGGUUUGAAUUUUUACAGCAUCAUCGCACUGGAUUUUGUGUAAAUCAAAACACUAAAUAUCUGAAUCCCAAA